CAUGCGCAUGCGCAUGCGCAUCUAGUCAGGGGUGGGCGAGCGGUCACGGAAAGAUGGACAAGUUGAAGAAGGUGUUGAACGGGGAGGAUUCGUCCGAUGACCGAGGCACCCUGAACGAGGUAAUUGAAGGAAGUACCUUAGGAUGGGGAACUCGAGUGAAGGGCUUUCUUGUCUGUUUUGUAGCUGGAAUUCUGUGCUCUAUUUUGGGUGUAUGCUUUCUCUGGAUCCCAAAAAGAGGGUUAAUACUUUUCGCUAUCUUUUAUAGCAUUGGGAACAUAUCAUCCAUUGGUAGUACAUUGUUCUUGAUGGGGCCUGUCAAACAAUUGAAAAAAAUGUUUGAGCCAACUCGAUUAAUUGCUACCAUUGUUAUGCUUGUUUGCCUUGCAUGUACACUGUGCUCUGCAUUUUGGUGGAAGAAAGCAGGACUUGCUUUGAUAUUCUGUGUGUUGCAGUUCUUUGCCAUGACUUGGUAUAGUAUUUCAUAUAUUCCAUUUGCAAGAGAUGCAGUGAUAAAGUGCUUUACAACAUGCUUGGCGUGAAAACUACUUGCCUGAAGGUGGAAAGGAGCAACAUUGUGUUAAAGGCAGAUUUCGCAUUCUGCGUUUUUCUGUGUCUGUUACAGAGAAUCACAAGUUGUGCUAAAUAUCUUAAUGUGUGCUUUAGUAAUGACAAUAAUUGUAUCUAUACUUCUUGAAUUCUUGUUUAUCACUCAGAAAAUUAUUGUCCACUUGACCUGAUCAACUAAUUAUAAUAAAAAGGGUAAAUGGUCAUUAUUAAUGUUAUGUUAGUAAUUACGUUUUAAUGACCAUUUAGUCCUUUUGUAAUAAGGGGGCCAGUGGUCAUUAUUCCAUUUAGUCUUUCGAUCACGAAGUGUUAGUCUUAAAUGACCAUCAGAACAUGGAUUGUAGGGAUUUCAGAAAUGUUGCAAUUUCUGCAAAUGCAUCAAGGUUUUUGUGACAAUGAGAUCUUAUGAAACUGAAAACACAUGGUGAUUCAUUAAGUGGAACCAUUUUGAAUAUUGACCACAGUCUAAGUUUUGUAGCCUUAUUAUCUUAAUUUUCUGAUUGAAACAAAAUAUUUUUGGUGUUGACAUUUUUUGGAGGGAAAGUAUAGUUUUUACAAAACUCAUUAACUUUAAUAUAUUAUGGAUCUUCAUGACAACUAGCUUUUGUUUUCUUCUCUACUGAAUCAUCAAAAGGAAAAACAGUUUGUCGAAUGUGAUGCUCCAAUUUAUUUCCUAUAAGUACAAAUCCAAUGAUUUUUAAAGGGCUUAUACCAGAAGUAUAAACAACAGUGCCUUUAUUUUUUGGGAAUUUAGCUGCAGUGUACAAUGAUCAGACAAUUUUCAAUCUACUAGUAUCCAGGUGUCUGAAUUCCAAGUAACAACACUUUGAUAUUUGGGACUGCAGGUUACAAGAGUGCCUUUUGGAUCGAUAUGAUGCACUCACCAAACAUUGUCAAUCGUUUUAUGGUAAAUGAAAGCUGAUAAUAUUGGAUUUAUAAUUACUUUUAUUUCAAAGCAUCUGAACUGCUUGCAAUGUAAAAAUUAAUUAGAGGAAAAUUAAUAUAGAUGUUUCAACAGUUUAUCAAUAAUUUGGUAAAUCACUAAUGCUUAUAAAACUUAUUAUGGUGAACUGCAUUAAUUACAUGACUUUUUCUGUUCCAUUUUUCAAUACAAAUGUUGAAGUGUAGCUUAUUGCAAGAUUAGCCUUUAUAAAGCUAUUUCAGUUAAAUGUAACUAUAGUUUUAGAAUGUUAGGUGGUGUUGAGUUGAGAUUUUCCGUUUCGAUUAUGAAGUUUCAACUUUAUAGAAGUUUGGAUGAAGGUUGAAUGGAGGGCAAAAACUAAAUUUAUCUUUGGGACCAAUUUAUGAUUGCCAUUCUGUAGAUUGGGAUGUAGUUUAUUCUAGGGAUUUUACUUUGACCAAUUGUAGUAUUUAUCAAAAUCAUUAUUGAAGGUAAUAUUUGAGACCUAGGAUGAAAGGAUGAUAUUUUAGUAUGUAAGUACUUGCUGUUAAUAAAGCUACUUCCAUCAGUGCUUAUAAUACGUCAGAUAUUGGAAGUUGCUUUCUGGUUUUGAAAUCUAUGCUUGUAUAUAUUUUUUCUUUUGCUAAUUGGAUUUCCCCUCAUUCUGAAUGAUCUUUAACGUAUGUAGUUUUGUGAGCAGACUACAAUUUUCUCUGUAUGAUCAGAAUAUUUUUGUCAAUUCUGUAACAACAGUAUACUCAGCCUACUUUUGAGCAACAAGUGCCUUAGAGCAGAUAUGCAUUGUGGGAUUGUAAUUAUGUGCUUUAAUUAUCUACUUUGUUUAUAACUGAUGUUAGAAUCUAGUCUUAUCUACUGUAAUACUUUUUUUUUGCAUUUUCUAUUUAAACAUUGAAGAUUAAACUGCAUUUUGUAUUAAUUCAGUCAUCACUAAUAAAUUAAUUAACAUUAAAACAGUUUUCAGAUUGACUUUUCAAGGACAUUGAAGCCAGUUGUUUUCCCUUUCAGUUGAACUUGGUAUAGAAUGGAGAGCAAACUCUGGAGUCAAUAAAAGGGGAAAAAAUUGCAAGUGCCAGAAAUUUGAAAUAAAAACAAAGAAUAUGCUGGAAGCUCGCAACAGUUCAGGCAGCAUAUGUAGAAAGAGAAAUGGCUAAUGUUUCAGGCCCAGGACUAUUUGUAGAACUCUUUCUACAGAUGCUGCCUGACGUGCGGAGUGUUUCCAGCAUUUUCUAUUCCAUUUUAAAUUUGAGUCACUCAUUUCAAUCAGUGUCCAUUGGGUGGAUUACAUUGAAUUGUUAUUUUGUUGAUGGACAAAGAAAAAAGAAUUCCUUUGUUUUUCUUUACGUACUCCCAUUUGAGAUUUCUUGUGUAAUACAAAGAUGGUUUGAUUAUGAUCUUGGUGCAAAUUUCACUUAUCAAAAUCAAAAUUUGCAUCUAUAUAACCUAUGAGUGAAAUUGACUUUAUUAUUAAAUUCCCUUUGUCUUGUAUCUGAUCUUCUAAUGAGAAAUAAUUUUUGGUUAAAAUUGCUGUUUUCUCUGAAUGAGUUGUUUGUUGUGAUGAAGUUUCAGAGAAUAAUAUAUACUGAUAGCGAAUGAAAUUUGACUGCAUGUUUUUUACCAACUCAAUUUCCAUUUGACUGUUUUUCAAACUGAGUAAUUAUUGCUAACCAGUUUCAUGAAAAAAAGGAGCGUGUCUUAGUCUCUCUUUCUACACUUAUUCAUAAAAAGAUGAAGAAAGAAAAUUUCGAAUCUGUAUUUUUAAGCUAUGAACCUGCAUCUCCAUCGGCACUUACACAUAGAGAUAAUUAUAUUAAAUAAUAACUGUGCAUCUGUUCUAGAUUUUGCACACUUAAGAUGAUGGAAGUGCAGUAUACUUUAUGUAAAUUAAUAUUUUUAUAGAAGUUAUAUAGUGUUAAUUCUGUACUUGAGCAAAUAUUGAAAUAGAUUUUGGAUUUUUGAUUUGUAUAGGUUAAUGUGUAUUAAACCAAGAGCAAAGUGCCUGUUAGCUCUCUGAAGAGUUUCUGCUUACUGGUGUUUAUUGCUUCAUAUGUACAAGAAUAAACUGGUACUAUGCUGUGCUGUAGAUUUUCA